UGUCCCACUGCCACAUAGUCCUGGCCUCAGUGUCUGUGUACUGCCCACUCUCGUACCCCUGGGUGAUAGCCCAUCACCCUGGAUGGGAGUACUUUACCCCAACUCCUGUUGGUGGAGCAGUAUAGAACAGCUGGAGUGUGCUUAUGGACUUGGCAUUUAACAGGCUUUUUGCUGUUCUUUUCCACUGGGAAACACAUGUUGUCCUGUAACUCUAGACUCAUAGGAGGCAAAUGUCAAGAAAACUUGGAUGGUUAAAUAAAAAUUGAUUUGCAUGGCCUGAGAUUGACAGCUGUUUCAUACAGUUCGGGCCAGUCUAUGGAAAUUUUGAAAGAUUAAUAACCACAAAAAUCUGUCUCAAGUAAAAUAUGCUCAGUGUGUUUCAUCCAAAUAAUGCUGAUUUUAUCCACUGAAAACAGAGUCUCAGUUCUGCACCACUGAGGAAUCCACUUUAUUUAUGGAGAAUCCCCAGGAAAGCAAUGAAGGCAGUCAACAAGCUGCUUUAUACAAGUGGGAAGAAUCUGGUCAUGCAUGCCUAAAAUGUGCCAUUGAAAAAGAGGUGAUUGCCCAUUUUAUGGUGUGUUGGACUUCACACAGAGUCUGCCUCCAGCAAAGAACAUUUCUAAGACCGAAGAAGUCCUGAAGAUUGAUGGAGGGCCAUGCUAUUCAAACAGCAGGCGUUGCUGAGACAGAAGCUCUUUGUACUAGGCAGCCUUGCUAUUGGAAGUCUCCUAUAUCUAGUUGCCAGAGUUGGGAGCUUGGAUAGACUGCAGCCCCUUUGCCCCAUGGACGGCCGAUUUGGACCCCGCAGCCAGGACGAAAUCCCAUUGCGAGCCCUGCAGUUCAAGCGAGGGCUGCUCCACGAGUUCCGAAAGGGCAAUGCCACCAAGGAGCAAAUACGACUGCACAAUCUGGUUCAGCAGCUUCCCAAGGCCAUUAUCAUUGGGGUGCGGAAAGGAGGCACCCGAGCACUGCUGGAAAUGCUGAACCUUCACCCUGCAGUCGUUAAAGCUUCUCAAGAGAUUCAUUUCUUCGACAAUGACGAGAACUAUGCCAAGGGGAUUGAGUGGUACCGGAAAAAAAUGCCUUUUUCUUACCCUCAUCAAAUAACAAUUGAGAAAAGCCCUGCAUAUUUUAUCACCGAGGAAGUACCUGAAAGGAUUUACAAAAUGAACUCAUCUAUCAAAUUAUUGAUCAUUGUCAGGGAACCUACCACAAGAGCUAUUUCGGAUUACACUCAGGUGCUGGAAGGUAAGGAAAGAAAGAACAAAACUUACUACAAAUUUGAGAAGCUGGCUAUUGAUCCUAAUACCUGUGAAGUGAACACAAAGUAUAAAGCAGUGAGAACCAGCAUCUACACCAAACAUCUGGAGAGAUGGUUAAAAUACUUCCCAAUCGAGCAGUUUCAUAUUGUGGACGGAGACCGGCUCAUCACAGAACCACUGCCAGAACUCCAGCUGGUCGAGAAGUUCCUUAAUCUUCCUCCGAGGAUAAGUCAGUACAACUUAUACUUCAAUGUCACCAGAGGGUUUUACUGCUUGCGAUUUAACAUCAUCUUUAACAAGUGCCUGGCGGGUAGCAAGGGACGCAUCCAUCCAGAGGUGGAUACUUCUGUCAUUACCAAAUUGCGCAAGUUCUUUCACCCUUUUAAUCAAAAAUUUUACCAGAUCACUGGGAGGACAUUUAACUGGCCCUAAACUAAGCUUCAUACAACACUUUCUGUUGCACCUGAGACAUGCAAUAAGUGUCUCUCCUAAAAUAUGCACUUUUCAAUAGACACGGCUAUCGAAGUGACUUUUUUCAUGCAUACAUGUACAUAUGCAGUGUGUGACCAAAUAUACGAUGGGAUCAAUUUUUUCUACAGAGUAGUAACUAACAUAAAUCUCCUGUCAGCAUACGUGCAUCUUUUCGGAUAUAAUAACAAAGGGAAAGAAGGUAUUUAGGGACAUAAAGUCAGACACCGUUAAAAGGGUCAGUUUUCCUCUCGCUUAGUGAAGUGUUUAUGUGACAUACUUGUUGAUCUAAGCAGAACAUUAGCUUAUGCCAUAAAAAUUCAUGUCUAAAGUCUGUGACGCUGUGAGAAAACAUAACCUUCAGGCUAUAUUUGGUAUGUAUAUUGCUAAAGGAAUACUGACACUUUAAACAGAGUGCUGAAUUUUUACAAUGAGAUUGGAUAGUACUAUUUUCUUAUUAUUUGAAAUUAAUAUCUUAUCUCAUACAGAUGACAUUGUUUCAGAGUUCCUGUGGUGAGUUUGCACUAUUGUUUUAUUGUAUGGACCAUAGUGUCACUUCUAGCAUGUCAAUCAUGUGUCAAAAAAUGAUCAAAUAAUUUUUUCUUCUAUGCUUGUGUGUCAACAAAUCUAAACAUCAUGUACAUAGUGUACAAUGUUUGUAAAUACUGGUUUCACACUAAGUAAUUCUAUUUUGUAAACUGAAUAUGGCUAUUUAAUUUAUUGUGAAAAUUAAAUUUAUUGUGGUAUUUAAAAAUGGAAUGGAUUAAAAUUACCAUAUGUGCAA